AGCCAAUCAGCGCUGGAGUUUCCCUCCUCUGGCGGCACGGCAGCUCAUUAAGAUCCACUUAGUGGUGACGUCAUUAAGCAGCUUACGGCAGCAAGUGAAUGGAGGCUGACCACAGACGUUUACAUCGAUGUUAGACUAAAGUACAUCGCAGACAGCAUUAUGACAACUUGCUUUAGUAGAAAGAGAAAUAUAUACUGAUCUAACGGAUUAUCCAUCCGGAUACUUCUAAGCGUGGACUUUGAGUGAUCCAAGCAGCCGGCAUGGAGUGCAGCGGCCAGGUGACACCCCAGCUGAUGCUGGCUGUGGGCACAGCUGUGAUUGGCUCUCUGCAGUUUGGCUACAACACUGGUGUCAUCAACGCUCCUCAGAACAUCAUUGAGAGCUUCUACAAUGAGACGUGGAGCAGCAGGUUUGCCGAGCCCAUUUCUCAAGGAACACUUACGGGUCUGUGGUCGCUCUCUGUGGCCAUCUUCUCCGUGGGAGGAAUGUUCGGCUCCUCCUCCGUUGGCUUCUUCGUCAACCGCUUCGGCAGGAAGAACUCCAUGCUCAUGGCCAACGCGCUCGCCUUCGUUGCUGCUGCAUUUAUGGGCUUCUCCAAGCUGGCUGCUUCCUUUGAGAUGCUGAUCGUUGGUCGCUUCAUUGUGGGUCUCUACUCCGGCCUCAGCACCGGCUUUGUGCCCAUAUAUGUAGAGGAAAUCUCACCCACACCUCUCCGCGGAGCAUUAGGAACCCUGCAUCAGCUUGGGGUAGUGAUUGGCAUUCUCAUGGCGCAGAUCUUUGGGAUGGAAUCCAUCAUGGGCAACGCCUCCCUGUGGCCCCUCCUGCUGGCUUUCACUCUGCUGCCAGCGGUGCUGCAGUGUGUUGUGCUGCCCUUCUGCCCCGAGAGCCCCCGGUACCUGCUCAUCAACCGCAACGAGGAGAGCAAGGCCCGCAGCAUCCUGGUGAAGCUGCGUGGCACUGACAAUGUGGCCGAGGACAUGCAGGAGAUGAAGGAGGAGAGCCAGCAGAUGAUGAGGGAGAAGACGGUGACCAUCCCCGAGCUCUUCCGCUCCCCCGUGUACCGCCAGCCGAUCUUUGUGGCCAUCAUGAUGCAGCUCUCACAGCAGCUGUCUGGAAUCAACGCUGUGUUUUACUACUCGACAAGGAUCUUUGAGCGGGCAGGCGUGUCCCAGCCGGUCUACGCAACCAUUGGUGCAGGAGUGGUCAACACUGCGUUUACGGUGGUCUCUCUUUUUGUGGUGGAGCGUGUGGGCAGGAGACCCCUCCACCUCACCGGAUUGAUGGGAAUGGCUGUUUCAGCAGUUCUUCUAACCGUUGCCAUGGCGCUGUUGGACCAGCUCGGAUGGAUGUCCUAUAUCAGCAUUGUGGCCAUCUUCAGUUUUGUAGCCUUUUUUGAGAUUGGCCCCGGCCCCAUUCCCUGGUUCAUCGUGGCCGAGCUCUUCAGCCAGGGGCCCCGGCCCGCUGCCAUCGCCGUUGCUGGUUUCUCCAAUUGGUCGGCCAACUUUUUGGUGGGAAUGUUUUUCCCGUAUGUCGAGCAAGUCUGUGGCCCAUACGUCUUCAUCAUCUUCACCAUCCUGCUGAUCGGCUUCUUCACCUUCACCUACUUCAAGGUCCCAGAGACUAAGGGUCUCACCUUCGAUGAGAUUUCAGCGGGUUUCCGCCAGUCAGCCGGUCAGGGUGCCGACAAGUACUCGGCCCCUGAAGAGUUCAACACCCUCAGGGGGGACAACCCUGACCUUUGAGAGCUGCUGUACAUCCCAUCUGGCAUGCAGCAGAGUUACCUGUUACCUACGGACACUGCCGUUGUGCUUCAGACAUCCACACAACUAAUGGUAGGAUUGUUUCAUUCAAGCUUUAGUCUUCAUACUGACUGACGACUCCACUGGUUCCGUCACCCUUUAAAGGAAGGCACAGGUAAAGCUGCAGCAGUGGGGGUUGGACUCAGUCAUGCAUCACUGUGCACCCCUGUACCUUUGAACUCUCCAAACCCAUAACUGUAUUAUUUCAUGGACCAUGUCAAUUGUUUUAUCGUUAUUUUUGAUCGUCACAAUAGCUUAAUAUCGAGUGAGAAAGUCAGACUGUAAAGUGUAGCCUUUGUAUGUGUAACUAAUGAAGUCAGUAUCUAGCUUACUUUUACAUAAUAUAUUCAAAAUUACAUAUAAUUAUUGUAUUAACUACGUUCCGUACAUACCAAUGGACAUCCAAAGACAGGACUAUUUAAUACUAAAUUAAACUAUGUUCUUUUUUUUUGGAAACAGUUGAAAAAAAAAUUCCACUCAUUAACAAAUAGGAAUAUUUAUGAAUUCAUUUAGAUGGAUUACAAAGUUUCUAGAUUCACAUAGAACACGUUUUUAUUACAGAAUAAAUGGAGUGUGCUGUGAUUUGUGAUGAAAGGCUUGUUUUAAACUGAACGGCAUUUUAGAAAAAAAGGAUACAGAAAGAUUUGAUGAAAACAAUCAUGUCUUAUAACUGAGAACACUUUGGAUGCAGGUUUAAACUGUAGUUUAAUGACUAAAGCAGAUGUGAACACAAUUUUGUUUUGUAAGGAUUUAUGAAAUGUCACAUUGUAAAAGGAAAAUACUUAGUGGCAAUAUUUUCAUAAUGUCCAUGUGGAAAUACAGUGUCAUUUGAGGGAAGCAUAUUAAAUGAAUAAAUUUAAUAUCAGUUUGAUGUGGAAAAACUUGUGAGUUAAUUGAUUUGUUUUCUGCAACUUUAAUUGGACACAGGGUUUAAUGUGGGGAAUAAUAAUGUAACUAAAACCACCCCAUGUUGCGUGUGGUAAUGCAGUGACUUCCAUGGACAUCAAAUGAUCGUCUUACUUCACUUUCAAAAACGACUUGUCUACAUCAGUGGGAAUUGGGCCUUUAUAGGAGGACUUGUUACUGCAAGGCAACAUGUUUUAGAAGUGCAGAUGUGGCUCAGUAACAAACUCACCAA